GAUGGAAAGAAAAAAAAAAAUUUGGGCAGUGAGUGAGCGAGAUAGGGAGAACUUCCUUCUCCUUCUUCUUCUUCUUCUUCUAUCUCCAAUUGGGUGGUGUCCAUGUGCCACUCUCUUUCUCUAUCUCACUCACCUGCCUUUGAUUCAAAAUUGUGGGCCUUCAUCAUUUUUAUAAUUUUUUGGCCGAUCAAAAUCUUUCAUCACCAGACAAAAACUCAGUCAUUUUACUACUUGUUCAUUACAGCAGCUUAGUUAAACAAACUCAAUUGUAACUUCAAUUCCAUUUCCAACAUUACCCAGUCUAGACAACACAGUACACAUUCACUAUGACAGUUUUUCUUUCUCUCUCUGUAGAAUGAACAGAGUUGUGGGGUGAGGUGAGAUUUUAUUACUAAAGAAGUGUGGGUCUAUACUUAGGGAGGGUGCUUAGGGAAGGGUGCAUAGAAUGGACUAUGGUGGUCAUACUAAAAAUAAGUCAAGACUCAUCCUCCCUCCCUGUCUUCACAGGCCUAUAUAUACUUCUGACUAACUUUGAAAUUAUUCAACCCAUUUUCCAUUUUACACUUCUAUAUCUCUUCGGUGUUGGAAGUGGGUUGUAACAUUUACAUACCAGAAGCAUUCAUCAUCAUCAUCAAUGGCGGUUUUCUUGGUUGUUUUUCUAGCGGUGGUAGUAUUAUGUUUCAUCUGUACUGCGCUACUUAGAUGGAAUGAAGUUAGAUACAGGAAGAAAGGUUUACCUCCUGGUACUAUGGGUUGGCCUGUUUUUGGUGAAACUACUGAGUUUCUUAAACAGGGUCCCAACUUCAUGAAAAACCAAAGAGCAAGGUAUGGGAGUUUCUUCAAAUCCCACAUAUUGGGUUGUCCAACAAUUGUAUCAAUGGAUCCAGAGUUGAAUAGAUAUAUCCUAUUGAAUGAAGGAAAAGGAUUAGUUCCUGGUUAUCCACAAUCCAUGUUAGAUAUUUUAGGAAAAUGCAAUAUCGCUGCGGUGAACGGUUCAGCUCAUAAAGCUAUGAGAGGGUCAAUGCUUUCAAUUGUUAGUCCUUCCACUAUCAGAGAUCAACUUCUUCCUAAGGUUGAUGAGUUUAUGAGAUCUCACCUCAGUAAUUGGGGUGGUAAAACUCUUGACAUCCAAGAAAAAACUAAAGAGAUGGCUUUGUUAUCUUCGUUUUAUCAGAUCGGUAUUGCAUCUGACGAAAAAUCUGAAUCACUCAAGACUGAAUUCUGCAAACUAGUAAUAGGAACUCUCUCGCUUCCUAUCAACCUUCCGGGCACAAAUUACAACCGUGGAUUCAAGGGAAGAAAGAAUGUUAUUGAGAUUUUGAGAAAAAUCAUUGAGGAACGAAGAGCUUCACCGAGUACCCACAAUGACAUGCUUGGUGGUCUAAUAGGAGAUAACAGAUACAAUCUAAGUGUUGAGGAGAUAAUGGAUCAAAUAAUUACGGUCCUUUACUCCGGGUACGAAACUGUGUCAACAACUUCGAUGAUGGCUGUCAAGUAUCUUCAUGAUCAUCCUAGAGCUCUUCAAGAACUUAGGGAAGAACAUUUAGCAAUUAGAAAACAUAAAGGACCAGAUGACCCUAUUGAUUGGAACGAUUACCCGUCCAUGAAAUUCACGCGCGCUGUGAUAUUCGAAACAAUGAGACUGGCUACAAUUGUUAAUGGGGUACUUAGGCAGACAACCGAGGACAUGGAAUUGAACGGAUUUCUUAUUCCAAAAGGAUGGAGAAUUUAUGUAUAUACAAGAGAAAGCAACUAUGAUUCAUGUCUUUAUCCAGACCCUUUAGCUUUUAAUCCAUGGAGAUGGAAGGAUAGGAGUUUGGAGUCUCACCAUCACAUGAUGUUAUUUGGUGGAGGAACUAGGUUAUGUCCCGGAAAAGAGUUGGGAAUUGCAGAAGUUUCAACAUUCCUUCAUUACUUUGUUACAAAAUACAGAUGGGAGGAAGUUGGAGGAGAUACAUUAAUGAAAUUCCCAAGAGUUGAAGCACCAAAUGGUUUCCAUAUCAGAGUUUCUUCAAGCCAAUAAUUUUUUUUCCAAGUUACAGAAAGAUAUACACGAAGAACAUCGAUGUACAAACUCACCAUGUCUGAAGUGAUAGGCUCCUAGCUGAAUUGGUUAUUGGACUAAAAGGUUGAUCAAGAAUCGGAAGAAAGCAUAUUGAGGUAAAGAAAAGGUUUAGGUUUCUUGGUUAAGGACGAGUACAUAGUGGUAACUUCCUAUAGAGCCAAAUUCCUGACUGGUCUCCUCAGUGUUCAAAUCUUAAGAGUUUAGGUGAUUCUAACAAUUCUACCCUCGAAGCGGUGUUUGAAGUUUACCUUAAAGAUGAUGAUGACACCGGAUGCGGGUGUAGGUUAACUUAAGAAGAAGCAUAUAGGUUUUCUAGUUUAGUUUCUUUUCCUUAUAAAUAUUUUUUCAUUUUUUUUCCAUCUUGCUACAUUUUUUCUUUUGUAUAAAUGAAAAAUAAAAAUAAAAUGUUAACUGAUUUUAUGUUGUA